CUGAAUGUUGCCUGGUCCCCGUGCGGUACAUAUCUUGUCUAUGGUGAUAAAGAAGAUGCACUGAGUAUCCUGGAUAGUCGUAGUUUGAAAACAAUCAAAGUGGAAACGCUCAAAGAUGAAGUGAACGAAUUUACAUUUGAUCCUUCCGGAAAAUAUUUGUUCGUCGCCAUGGGAAGUGGACAGCUGAGCAUUUUCUCGAUGCCGGACGUAACACAUCGGCGAACACUGCAAGCGCAUUCAGCGCAAGCUACGUGUGUUUGUGUAGCUGUUUCACCAGAUGGUAGACGUUUUGCAGUGGGUGCAUCAGAUGCGAUUUGCUCAAUCUGGGAUGCCAAUGAACUGAUCUGUGAAUCCACUAUGUCUAGGUUGGAUUAUCCGUUGAGAUCGAUAUCAUUCAGUGCUGAUAGUCAGCUUAUAGCAUGCGCUAGUGAAGAUCAUUUCAUCGAUAUUUGUUGGGCUAAUAACGCUGCAAGCAGUUGUUUUACUGUACAAAAGAUAAACGUAGAAACGUAUACGUGCGCUUGGCAUCCAAGCUCAUAUCUGCUGGCUUACGCCACAGCUCUACCACUGGAUAAUCGUGAGCGAGAACUGACAGUGAACGUAUUUGGCUUCACUAUGUAA